CGCCACCGCCUCACGGGCGGCAAUUUUCUUCCGGGGUGCGGCCCACUCGGGGGGUUUCGCUUCCGGGACGGUGCUGCGGGCCCUUCCCACCCCCGCCAGGGGAAGGGGGCAAAAAGUUUUCAGACCUUACUACAUCAGAAGCAAAAAGAAAAGGAAAGCAGCAAGAUACCACCCCCGUUUCUUCCCCUUCGCAUGUCACUCGGAACGUUACAGUAAGGUCGUGCACCUGCAACUGGGACAGCCAUGGAGAGGAGUGGAAACAUUCAGCUGGAGAUUCCUGACUUCAGUAAUUCUGUCCUGAGCCACCUGAAUCAGCUACGCAUGCAGGGUCGCCUAUGUGACAUUGUGGUCAACGUCCAGGGGCAGGCUUUCCGCGCUCACAAGGUGGUGCUGGCCGCCAGCUCACCCUACUUCCGCGACCACAUGUCCUUGAACGAGAUGAGCACCGUUUCCAUUUCUGUCAUCAAGAACCCUUCUGUUUUCGAGCAGCUCCUUUCCUUUUGUUACACCGGUAGGAUAUGCCUGCAGCUGGCUGACAUCAUCAGUUACCUGACGGCUGCUAGUUUCUUGCAGAUGCAGCACAUCAUAGACAAAUGCACGCAGAUUCUUGAGGGAAUUCAUUUCAAAAUCAAUGUGGCAGAAGUAGAAGCUGAAUUGAGCCAGACCAGGACAAAACAUCAGGAAAGACCACCAGAGUCUCACCGCGUGACGCCAAAUCUGAACCGUUCUCUGAGCCCGCGCCACAACAACCCGAAGGGGAGUCGCCUGGGCCAGGUCAGCACGGUGCUGGACAUUCGGGAGCUGAGCCCGCCCGAGGAAUCCACCAGCCCCCAGAUCAUUGAGCAGAGUUCAGACGUGGAAAGCAGGGAGCCCAUCCUACGGAUUAACAGGGCGGGACAGUGGUACGUCGAGACGGGCCUGGGAGACCACGGGGGACGGAACGAUGACGACAUCCGCGUGCUGGGGGGAGUACGCAUUAAAACAGAGAACCUGGAGGAGUGGCUUGGGGCAGAGCAUCAGCCAUCAGGAGAAGAUGGGAGCAGCGCUGAGGAGGUCACUGCUAUGGUGAUCGACACCACAGGCCACGGGUCGAUGGGUCAAGAGGCUUACGCGUUAGGGUCCUCUGGGGCCAAAGUGGUCAGGCCAACCAGCAGUGAGAUUGACAGAUUUAGCCCUUCUGGCAGCAUGGUUGCUGUGACUGAGCGGUACAGAUCAAAAAGCGAGUCUCCCGGGCGGAUGGAUGAGCCCAAGCAGCCCAGUUCCCAGGGGGAGGAAUCGGCCAUGCUGGGAGUGAGCGGUUACGUGGAAUAUCUGCGGGAACAGGAGGUUUCAGAGCGCUGGUUCCGGUACAACCCACGGCUCACUUGUAUUUACUGCGCCAAAUCCUUCAACCAGAAGGGCAGCCUGGACCGGCACAUGCGUCUCCACAUGGGCAUCACGCCUUUUGUGUGCCGCAUGUGUGGGAAGAAGUACACGCGCAAGGAUCAGCUGGAGUAUCACAUCCGCAAGCACACGGGCAACAAGCCCUUCCACUGCCACGUCUGCGGUAAAAGCUUCCCUUUCCAGGCCAUCCUCAACCAGCACUUUCGCAAGAACCACCCUGGCUGUUUGCCUCUGGAGGGGCCCCACAGCAUCUCUCCCGAGACCACCGUCACAUCCCGGGGGCAGGCGGAGGAGGAAUCUCCUCCACAGGAGGAGGCUGUGGCUGUUGGGGAGACGGCGCAGGGAUCUGUGUCCACAACUGGGCCAGAUUGAAACACAGCUGCAGAGUCUGGGGAGAAAGGACCAUCUUCCCAUUUUCAGCUCUAAAGAGUCAGCACCAACCUGGCAGGCUGGUACUGUGAUUAGUGCAAUGCCACCACCGGACAGAAAAAAAACCCCAAGAUGUUGCCAAAAUAGAAAAAUCUUCCUCUCUCUCUCUCUCUCUCUCACACCCACACAAACACACGUAGAGUGUUUAAAGUUUUUCUCCCUUGUUCCUCCUCCUCUUGGAGAAAAACAAAACAACUGUGUCAAUCAACUUCUUAUUCAGGGAUCAACAGGAUUUUAAAUUUUUUUACUGUUCUGUAGCGACCUGGGACGAGCAGCCAUUUGUGUUCCCGGGCGGCGCUUUGGCCCGGCAGCUCGGUCCCGCCGGCGGUGCUCCGCUGAGCCUCACCUGCAGGGCUGCUCCUCACCCCCUCUGCCGGUCCAGCUCAAGGGGAGAGCAGGGGUGAGGGGCCAUUGCCUUCCUCCCUUCCCCAGGGAGUUGCCACGUUCCAGAAAACACAAAGACUGUCCUGGUGGAACCCGCCUUGCCUGAGUGUAUUUAUCCCUGUCUUAGUUCUGGUGUGUCUCUUUUUACCUUUUUACCUAAACUAUUAUUUUAGGGCUUUUGGCUUGCCCGUGCCAGGCGUGCGGCCGCGACGCCCCCUGUUCCAAGCGGGCACGGCUGUAGAGCGGGAUUCUAGAGGUCAGCCACGUUUGAAACGCUCCAGCUCCUGAAGGUGAGAUUGAGCAGCUGCGAGGUUGGCGUUGGGAGAAGGGCCGGAGGAGGUUAUCCGUUGCUGUUGCUGAUCUGGUGAGUUCCGAGCGCUCUUGAUGUCCUGAGGGGUGUGCUGCUGUGCUUCAGGUGUUGCCAAGCGUUAGGAAGGAGUUUUUUUCUGGACUGACUGAAUUGUGGAGUUAGAGGCUGGCUACCAAAGUCGUCCCUCACCCCUGCUCCCCCCUUGACAGGCACUUGAUCUUUUCUAACAGCAAUAUGGAGUACUGAAAUACCGUCGUCCCGGCGCAGCAAUCGUGGGUGGUUGCUUUUAAACGUGUUUCUACAAACUAGUUUGAUAACUUUUUUAAUCAAUGAAAUGCAAAAACAAAAAAAAAAACAAAAACAAACCCUACUUUAUUUCCUCAUAACAGUUCAGGUUCAGGAAACUUAAAAGUGAAUGGUUCCUAGAGCAAUCACAACUUGGUCCCCUUGCAUGGACUUAAACUUUUUGUAUUCUAAGCAGCUCUGAUGUUCAGAGCAAGUUAAGCAAGCCCAGAGAGACAUGCCUGCCUUGUAUAUUGUAGGUGUUUGCACGUGCUUACGUGUUUCAUAAACAGAAAAGCAUGGGACAGGUAGAUAAGUGCAAAUAUCUUGACAUCUUUUGAAGAAGUCUUCUAAAAAAUAUGCAAUACUAUAAGAGUUUUCUCUACUUCUGAUGCCAAGUUGUUCACGGUGGAGGGGGAAAAUGAACGACAGGUUGCAUGGAUUGGGUUUGGGAGAGGACAUUGGGUUGAAGGAGUUCUCUUGAGGAUGUAAAACAUGUACAGUAAGGAUGGAUGAAGUUCUGAUCCUUGAGGUGAUGAGAGGAACAAGGAGACAUCGCAAAAGAAAUACACUUCAUCUUGCUUUGGCAGAGAAAGCCGGGCGAGAGGUUAGAGCAUAGGCCUGGCGGGCAGGAGAUGUGCCAAGUGAAGGUAAAGUUUGCCCUCCAGGCUGACAGUUUUGGGCACAUGGAAUCACCUCCAUCCCUCACUUUCCCCACCUGCAAAGUGGGACUUGGGAUCAACUUCCUGCCCCUUUCGAGGGAAGUUUGGGGAGGAGUGAUGUACAUAAAGCCUCACUACAUAUAUUUCUCUCUUUUAUAAGCAAGAGGUCUCACUGUUCCUCCCAUGUCUCUCAAAAAGCAGACGUGGCUCUAAUGGGUUUUUGUGUGUCUAGGGAAGGGAAGGCCUUGGAGCCAGGAUAGCGUGUAACGGGGAUGUGCUCCUGAGAGGAACCUUUGCAGGUGUUCCCAGAUGAGCACCUGCAGAGUACAAUUUCAUUGAUCAUUUCAGCCAGGAAAAGUGAUGUUUUCCUUCAGUCCCUUCUUCCUCUUCCCCUGUUAAGUGCAUCAUCACAUAAUGAAUGAUUUUCUAAGCAGCCACCCGAGGGACCAGCCCCCACGGGGUUUCCUGUCAAAGGUCAAACAGGAUUGUACCGAAACAGUAAGAUUGCCAGAGAGCAGUGGCAGAAGACGAGAGAUGAGAGGGUGGCUGAGGUAGGUUUCGUUGCAAUGGAGGUGCUGGGGAGCAGAGAUGUGCUGAGUAUGCUGCUUUAGUCAUAGCUUUCCAAGUUACCAAAAAUCUAAAAGACAAAAAAAGUUAAAAACUUUGAAAUCCUCUCCUGUUCACACCAGAGAGCAUCAAAAGUUACUUUUAGUUGCUUACGAGAUUUUUAAGUGUUUUAAAAUAGAACUUUUAAAAGAAUACUACCAAACUAUAAAAACAUAAAGUUAUUUAUAUACAUAUAUUAUAUAUGAAAAUAGUGGGAAAGUUUCCCUGCUAAGCUUGCUGUGAAGAGAAGGGUGAAGGUGCAGUAACUGCUAGACAAGCAACGCGUUUCUGAAACAGAUGGCAACCGAUCCAUCCAAGCGUAGCGAUGAAAGGAUGGCGUUCAGUGGUGAAGGGAUGGCGUUCAGUGGUGAAGGCCUGCAUGCAAUGGUGAAGGCCUGCAUCCAGAUGGCGUAGCCAGGAGCUUCCUAAGCAGGUUUUGGUUUUACUGUAUCGAUACUGUGAACGGAGGAGCAUCCAAACAGCCCAGGCGCCGGCCGCGCGUCCUGGCCUGCUGACUCACUACUUUCAGUUGGCCUGGUGAAAACCGUGACAUUGGUCCUUCAUGUAGUACUGGGCUGGUCUGAAAACAAAGCUUGUGAAAGGGUUUAGGGUUUUUCUUUUUUCCUCUUUUAUGGUUGAUUUUGGUUUGUUUCCUUUUUUUUUGUUCUUUUUGGUGCAGAGGUUGCCACUGUAUAAACCGAUCAUUUCUGAUUGCAUGCAAAAGAGCCAAUAUUCUUGCCCGGGCCUCACUGAGGUGAAGUUUAUAGCUUGUAGCUAGAGUCAGUAUAAGGUAUGGUAGUGGGAAUCAUUUUAAUAUUAUUUCUGUACAUUUAAUGGAUGUGUAUGUGUAUGUAUGUGUGGGAAUCGUCGUAUCUCUGACAUUUUCUCAAAUAGCGCUGAAAGCAGUUUAGGCCCAUCUGCACUACAAGAUGAAACCUGUUCAGAAGGAAUCGUUUCUUAAACAUUUCUUUCAGUGGUUGUCUUCUGCAGUGCAGCUAAGGCCGAGGUUCGAGAUAAAAAAGGGGUUGGAGGUCAUAUUACGGUAUGGAAUAAACCUCAUGUGAAUUUUCUGGCAGUGGCAUAGCUACUUGGAGCUGCUUUCCGUAACAGUGAUGCCAUCUUCCGUUGCCUCUCCGUUGGCAAGCUGUGUAGCUCUUGACAGUUGCACCAAAGCCGUGGAGAAUCAGAUGCCAACUUUCCAAGUGCAAAUGCUUCUGUGGUGGGUUGAGGCACGGCUUUGCAUUUCCAUGUCUAGCUGCAGCUUUUCCCCCUCUGCCAAAACUGUGAUUUCAACUGUGAUUUCAGGAGGAUGUGAAGAGAACUCUGUCAUGUUUUAAUACCUCUGUACGUAACAUUUCUGUCCGCUCUGGAGUUCGGGCUUACUGACCCGUUGGUUUGCCUGCCUCAGGCAGCGGCGGGAACACGCUCUGGUUCUGCAGUUUUCUUGCUCAGAGGGAGAAUGCAUUUUGUUGUUCUUUGCUGCAGCAGAGAAACUUUCCAAAUGUGAAGCAUUGUGGUUAUCUCCUUGAGCCUGCAGAAAGGCCCCAGUGCCAGGUCACAGCAGAGUGAUGUGCUGGUUGCUGUGGCUGUUCCUUGCUGCUGCCAAGUUCCCUGUGAACAGCUGUGAAAAUAACGAGAUUGUGUUAAUACUGUGCUGCUGCUUUGGGGAAAAGCUGAAACUCUUCCUCUCAGGAGGAUGACUGAUGUGAACGUGGGAGAGGGGAAAAAGCAGAAGGUCUUUUCCUAUUUCCAGCAGCUAGAGAGGGAUGAAGGAGGAGGCUUUGUCAAAGGUGAGUCUGUAACAGGAGGCUGAGAACACACUUAGAGCCACUCAGUAAGCUGCAGGGAUGUGAGCCUGGGAGGAGUCAGGGCAGCUAAUGCAGAUGGGCAAUCCCUCGCUUGUCCUCCUGGCAUUGUCCAGCCAAAAGGUUCGGUCCUUUGACUUACCAGUAUCUUCCUUAUAAUAUUUUCAAGCUGUGAUCUGUGUAAUUUAAACUUGCAGAAAUUUGGGUGGAUGAAGGGCAGGAAGAAUAGAAAGAGUUUUUUGUCUCUGCUGCUGUUGUAAAUCCAGCCGAGGUCAGUAGCGACUGACUCUGUUCCCAUCUGACAGCUCUUCAGGCUGGAACUGCAUUUGGAGGAAGCUGUGAUCCUGCUGGAAGGCACAGCGGGGCAGGCUCUGUGGGAAGGGCACCGAGCCAGGAAUUGAGCCCUCUGCGAGACUGAGGCUGAAAGAAAUCAAGGGGGCAGAGCUCCCUGCUCGUCCUGCCCUUGUUUUGUGACAGCUAGGUGACUUUGCUUUCCAGGGCAGGCUGUCCCACGCCUCUAUGCGGUAGUAAUUUCACUUAGAAGCGUGCUGCCCGGUUCUAAGCAGUGCGGGCUUCAAGCAGAGUCCUUCUGCUGCCUUUGGGUGAUUCAGCCCUGAUGACACAUUUGCAAGAGCAGAGUUGUAGCUUUUAUUUGCUGCUGACUUCAUCUCUCCUGCAGAACCCGUGGUAUAAAUAGAAAGACAGCUGAAAAGGUGCAGCUUCUUUGAGUGGAAGGUAGCUUGUGAGGUAGACCAAGUCAUACAUCUUUAAAGCCAACAAAAAUUACCACCCCUUAUACUUCUGAUUUAAAUUGGUAACGUUCUCCCCUUUGAUCCAUGACGUGCCUGCCAACUGAGCUGUACCAGCAUCCAAGUGUUUCUGCACAUCAGUGACACCAGGUGCUGUUCUUGCCAAACUAGAAAUAUUUGGGGGAUGGGAGAAGUCAAGGAGCUGUAAUUCAGCUAAUUUUUGUCAAGAGUUUGGGCUCUGAGUUUGCCCUGGGAGCCGAGCCCAUAGCCAGGACUACAGUCAGCAAGGCUGGGGGCUUUCGCUGGAGCUGCUGCUGACGUAGCCUCGGCUCAAGGUAACAGGGUUCUCCAAGAUGAGCAUCACUCCCAUCACCAGGUGAGAUCCAUGCACAGAGUUUUGACAUGUUCAGUGGAAGGUCCUAAAGAGGAGCUAGGUAUCUUUAUCAUUGUCAUUCAAAGGAUAUUUUAAUAGAAAAUACAUACAUAUAUAUGUAUGUGCAUUUAUAUAGAUAUAUAUUUGUAACCAAAUAAAAGCUAGAACUAUGCAAACACUACUGGCUGCUGCUUGAAACUAAUGUCUACCAGGACAUUUUGGAAUAGAGUAGAUUUGGAGUAGAUUUGUUUGGGUCUUUUUGUUCUUUCUUCUUUUGAUAAAAUGCAGCAGACCAAAGCUUUGCUGCAGUUAGUCUGAUUAGAAAUGUAGGUUAUUCCUAAUCUGGAACCCACUUGAGUGGGUUUAUAAAGUUAUCUGAAGUGUCCUACCAUCUCCAAAAUGUUUCCACCUGUCUUUGUAUUAUCGCUGAAAGGCUUUCUCUUGUGAAACGUAGGAAAACACGGAGGCUGGGACUAGGAGAGACUGAGUGUGAUGUUAGGGAUGAUAGUUGGAAGAGAAGUAGAAUCAAGGAAGGACUUGGGAGCAUUUUCUUUUGGAAGUAGGAUUGAGUUGACGUCAAGGAAUCUUCCUACUUGUGAAGAUGUCUGCUGCUGGGCUGGAGGCAGUGAUGCAAGAGGCAUCACCAGGCUGAAUCCUGGUAUUGGAAAUCUUCCUGCUGAACCUGAUGGUACUGGAGUUUAGUCUGCUGGGAGAGAAUUCAUAAGGUUUCUACCAUUUCUUUGUGUAAGAUCACAUCUUUGCUUUUAGCACUUACUACAAUAUACCCAACUGUCAUCUUCAGAGACAUUUUAUUCCCAGGAACUGUAGAAAAUUCAGGUUUCCUAUAACAUUAUCCUCAUCCCAACUGUGAACAAGUUACUACUGCUUCUUUUAAUUUAUUGUCUUUCUGUUCCUGAACGUCUGUGUGAUCCAUCUGUUCACCAGCGCCGCCUUCCAGUGCUUCGUUAGCUUUUAUGCACAGGGAAUUGUUGCAAUGGAUAAGUUGACCAUGCUAGUUGGAAGAGUAGAAGCCUCUGGAGAAUGACUUUUGCUUCCUCUAGCUGUCAUUAGGGAGUGCACACACACAUACCUGUAUAUACAUAUAUAUGUAUACAUAUAUAAAGUGUUUCAAUAUAAACUCAUUUAGCAUUAUUCUUAUUUAAUUUAUAUUUUAAUCCAGUUGUAAGCCAAAGUAUUACAGCUUGUGAAAUGAUGUGUCUUGGAAACAGGAGGAACCUUCUUAGAGGGGAGCUCUGAAAGGUCUUUGUUGACAAAAAUAUGGAUACGAAUUACUUAAGAACUUGUGCUGCUGCAUCCAAGAGAUUUGCAGCCUUGGGAGGAUUUCAGGCUUGCUGGGUAAAGUUUGAUGGUGGAGAGGCAGGGUGGGUUCUCAUCUUAAACCACUCAUUUCUUUUCUCAUCCAGUAUCACUUGGUAUUGGAGGAGCUGCUGCAAGAGCAGGACGGCAGGGCGUCUGAUGGAGAUGAGGAGUGAUGUCAGGCAGCACUGUGUGCUUCUAGGCUCUUUUCUCUCAGAUCUGGACUGAGAUGUGCUGCUGUUGGUGCGAGGCACCUCGGCACUGCCACGUAGAACAGGCCUGCAGGGAGCUUGGUUCCCUCCAUCGUUGGAAUGAGCACCUUAAAAGCCCGAUUCAGCUGUGUUCCUGCUGCUGGACUUUUCCAGCAGAAUCCCUUUGGAGUCUCUGCCACCCCACUGUGCCAGCUGGCCACAAACCUGGGGCAUCUGGCCUGCCUCUUGAAUUGGGAUGCUUUGAGGAAGCAUGAGGACUUGCCUACUAGAAUGCCUCACGGAAAUCCCUUGCAAGGGAAAAACGAGUCAGGAAUUUAGGUGCAGGUUUGCUGUAUGUGCUGUAACGUGAAUCUAAAGUGAUUCCACAUGGUCCUGCCUUAUGAAUGCAGAGUUUGGAUGAGUUUUUGUAAAUAAGCCUAGAAAAGACUGGACAGGCUGUCUUGGUGCUGGCACUACUUCUGCCUGCGUCCCCUUUGGCUCACUGUUCCAGGAUGGAGGGAAGGUCAGAGCUGAGGUGUUUGUUGAGAUGGAGCUCAGCAGCCACCACACUGGGUACUCCUGGGCUGUGGCUCGUCUGUGCUGUUGGAGCAGUUCCAGCAACCCAUGAAGGAGGAUCAGGGCCCUCUGAAGGCCUGGAAAUCGUAGGGGUUUUUAUGGUACUUAGCUGUUCUGUAGGAAAACAAGUAUGUUCUGGCAAGCCUAGAUGUAAAGAGGGAGAAGACAUCAAACCAGACUGUAGUCUGGCAGGACUGGGAGCUGGAGAGAAAGGCACAAAACCAGACACUGAUGUAUUUAGUGUCUAAUUUAUAGUUUUAGAAAACCAGCCGUUGCUAUUUACUGAUGUCUGGGGGUGUUGGAGUUUUCUUUAGUAACUUCGGUGGAGGUGCCUGUUCUGCUGUCACCAGUGGGAAGGAAAAAUUAGUUUAGAGGUAAAAUCUUGCUGGUUCUUCUGUGCCAGGGACUAAUUGCCUUUCUAAGGAAUUAGCAAACACUAAGAAAAGAUUCACCUCUUAACAAUCUUGCACAGGCCUGGCAGCAGCUCUGCUUGCCCCUGCUCCUCAGCUAUUUUUCAGGAAAGGGUUUCUUGCAUCCUUUUGCUGAGCAGGGUGAUGGUUGAUCAAGUAAGUUCAUUAAAUACUCGCAGCUCAUGGUGUGUAGCAAGAGCUCUGCCAGCCACAUGCCCUGCAGUUUUUAGCUACUAGAUCUGGUGAAUAUAAAAACACUCUAAACUGAUCUGUUCCUAAUUGCAGUCACCAGGCACUGCAGGUCAAGUACCAGGCCCCUUCCGUGCCGCCUGCUGUACGUGUCACAUCAUCACAUCAUCUGUCACAUCAGAUUCCUUUGGCCUGAGUAAGGGGGCUGUGAAUGCAUGCUGCUGGCUGUCUUUAUAACAUUCUGAUGGCCUUUUGGUACAGACCAAAAGUGCUUCUUUUUGUUCUUUUUGUUCUAAAGCUUUAAUUGUUUUCAUGGAGAUGUUGAAAGAUCUUAGAUCCCUUAGAUCUCUUCAGUUCAAUUCUCGUCCAGUGUCAAUUUGGGAUCCAAGAACAAUUUCUACAAUAUCUAUGGAUAGGAUUUUCUAGGACUGCACAGAUCACAGAAUGUUUAUAACCUGUGGCUGUGAUGUUUAUAGCACAGGGUUUUUGCAGCCACAGAGAUUGGGAGGGAUGAGGAAGGGCCUUUGUGGAGAGCCAGGCUCUGUUGCAGCAUGGAUCGAGUCAUGGGGCAUGGGUGCCCGCUGGGCCCUUCCAGGUUAGCACAGAGUGAGUUUUCUUUGGCUGUUUUCCUCUCGGCUUCCCAUCACAUGAGCACUUCAGCUCCUCACUUUGGGAGCAAACAAGAGGCUCUGGUGCCUUCACCUUCAGGAAUGCGGCCAGCACUGAGGUGGUGGGUCAGGAGCCAGUCGGGGAACCUUAGGAGAGGAAUUGUGCACCUUCCGAACCAAAAAGUAGUUGGACUUCCCAGGAAGGUGGAGGAGUCACCACCCCUGGAGACAUUUAAAAGCCAUGUAGAUGAGAUGCUGAGGGACAUGGUUUAGUGAUUAGAAUCGAUGAUCUUAAAGGUCUUCUUUUCCAACCAAAACAAUUCUGUGAUUGUAUGCUAAGGCUUUUGUGAAUGAGGAGUUAAACCUGCCUGUGGCAGGGUGGUGGAGUGGGCCUGUGGGUCUGGGCUGUCUAUUCAGAGCCUUGUUUUGGGCCCUUUCAGCAAUCUGGGCAAGGGAAAGUGGUAGCCUUUGAACUCCCUGAUCUGGGUGCAGGUUUGCACUGAGAAAUACACAGAGGGGCCACAGUGGAAGGGCUGUGGCAGAGAGGCUGUGGCGCAGCAGUUGUAUCCUACCACCACAUUUCCACCUUUCUCGUUCGUGAGUGAUGAAUCCAGGAGCAGGGAUCCUGUUUGCCACGCUCCCCGGAGAAGUCCAGCAGCUCCCUAUGGCUGAGUGCAGCCUCCAGGCUCCUGUUUCCAUUAGACUCUGCCAAGCUGCAGUUUUGUUACUUUUUUUUUAGUAUUACCAUGUAAAAUUGGGCAGCUUUAAUGGGCUUCCUAGUUCAUAUCAGUUAAGCUUUUGAAACAUAUUCAGGUAUCUGUUAAACACUGCUGUGCAAGUUCCUUGUUUAAUCUGAUUUAUCCUGAUGUAUCAUUUCACUGCAGUUAGCUAAGGCAGUGCUGCCACAAUAAAUGUGUUCACUUUUUGCUGACUGGUAGCUAUGUUAAGCCUCCAGCUUUACUGAGCUUUUGUCAAUGUACUUCACCCCCUCCCCCUCAGAUCUAUGGUCAGACACCUUCCUUGGGUUUAUAAUGCAGUGAAGCUUAUUUAUUGAAACUUUCCUUUUAUCUUUGCAGUCAGACCCAAUGCUAUUGGCUAUGAAGCUGUGAAUCUAAUUAGAAACAAGGAAAUGAAGCUAAAUUGGUUACCUUGACUGCUGGUUGUAAAAUGCAGAAGGUAGCAGCAUAAAGGGAGACAAAUGCAAUUGAAAUGACUCAGAUCAGAUGAGGGUAGGAAUCACAAAACUGCAGCUGAGGAACCUCUCAGAAAUGAGGUUGAACCUGGUGAUGUGACUUCACUGCUUCUACUUUUGGUCAAGUCUAAAAGCUGUUUCUAGAGACUGAGAGGUUUGCCCCAGCCCAUUGGCUCAUGGCUGUGUCAGUGUGUUGCUUGGAUAAGGACAUUCAGGCUCCCGGGGUGUUAUUGGCUUAGAGUUUACAUGUCUAAGGAAACUGUACAGGUUACUGUGAGGCUUUUGUUUAAUGCUCCAUAGCAUGGAAAUUAGUACCUGAAUUGACUUUUGGCAUGGAGAGGCAGCAGCUGGGACUAGGGAUGAAGGCAAGGGGAGAAGGAAGGUGGUGUUUUGUGGUGGAGGUUGUUGGCUGUGCUCCUGCAGACAGCCUGAGUGAGGCCCAUGGGCUGCACCCCUGCCAGAGUCAAAGGCAGGCCCCAGGCAGGGUCCUGAAAACACAGGGAGGUUUGUUCACUCAUCUGCCUUCAGGGGGUGGUCACAGCCCGAGGGCCAACUGGAGCUCUGGUGGAGCUGAAGGGAAGAAGCGUGUAGGUGACUUGCAGGUACUUUUCCCACGUGUUGGGAGGUUUCCUAAGCCAGGGUUGUGCUGGGCAAAGGAGCCUGUCUGGAUUGCAGGUGAAUUUGGGAUGGAGAACAGUUUGCUUACGACUAAAUCCUUUUGUCUCCUCUGAGGUGCUUGCCUGGCAGGAAGCUGCCACAGCUUCCAGGGUUAUGUUGUUGCAGGGCAAAGUAUGGGCAGUAUUGUGAAGUGAGAGGAGUGCUGUCAUUCAGUAAUACCUGUUUCUUUGUGUUUGUGUAUGUGGAGUUGCUGACAGUCCAGACAGGCCAAGGGGUGCAGGAGUAAUCCUUCUUGGUGGCUUUUCUGAAUAAGCUCUUUUAGAAGCUGUUUUAGGAAGGGAAAAAAUGCACAGCUGUAUGUUCUUGUGGUAACGUAUUCCUCACACUGUGACCCACAGAGGUGCAGCAGAGGACAAGAGAAGACUGUGUCAGAGCUUAGGUCAUAGAAAUGAGACAGCUAUUCAAAGUCCUGCUUUUGUCUGAAAAGGGAAGGGAUGUGGUUUUCCCCAUAGCCUCUGGUAUCUUAAACACUAGCUGCAGCUCCUGGGAGCGGUGCCCCAGCAGUCUCCAGAGCUGCCCUCUGCCCCCUCCUUUCCCCAGCAUCCCCCCCAUCUUUCCUGUACAACACUGUGAAUACGACACCUGUAGCUCUUUACAACCUUCCCAUUACAACUGCUCAGAGCGUGAAACGCUGUCCUGCACUGUCACUGGAGCAGAGGAGCCAGGACCGAGCACCCUGUUCAGCUGAGCAGCCACCCCAAAGGGGAGCUGGGACGGAGCACUUGCUGCAGAGCCACCCAGCGUGUGGUGCCAGAGUUCACAGCGUCAGUGACUUCGUGUAGCCAUUUGCUAAUCAAAUUUGAUUUCGUAAUGAACUAAACUGACAAUCAACUUCUAAAACAUUAAAGCCUCAUAGAGGGAAUAGUCAAGUACAUCUUCAACGGGAAGAUUUAACUGGGAUAACUUUUAAUGAAGAGCACAGGAUAUUUUUCCUUUCCUUUUGGUUUCUUUUGAGCAGUCUUUCCAGACAUUGAGUUGCGUCGAGCAGCAGAAGAUUCACAGGACAGUAACUACCUCUCUCUCUCGGAGUGCUGAGGUUACCACGCUACACACUCUUAUCAGCAAAGCUUUCACUUCGAACAGAUUUGUUUUCCUUACCUCUGUGUUUCAGAAAUGCAGGUCUGCUCUGUAAAGUGACUCUAUGAAAAUGGCAUCAGGCAGGAGCGGGGGGCAGCAGCCUUUGGGGUCCCUGUUCCCGCUCCGCCGCCCGUUCCUCGCCGUGGCCGCCGCAGGCUGGCUCUGGGGCUGCGGCGGCUCGGGGCACACUCGCCACGUCGCGGCUUCUGCGGGGGAAGGAACCGUCCCGGGCCAGAGGCUGCUGCCGGCGCUGCGAGACCGGGCUCGGCGUCCCGCGCAGGAUAGCGGCGCGGGGGGCAGCGCAGGGGAGAGUCCGUCUCCCUCCUGCCUCCAAGCGAGCAGGCAGCAGUCAAAACAGAAGCAAUAAAAUAAAGAACACUUUUAUAUGUGGGUCCUUAGUCAGCAGAUCUGACUCUGCAGAUUUAUACACACACACAGAGCAGAUCUCUGGUGUGAAAAGGUGCCAUUUUUUCUAAAGAGAGUCCCUUUCCAAACUAGAACAGCACUUUACAUAGGUUCCUCUUAAAAAAAGAAAAAUGAAAAGAAAAAAAAAAAAGAGAAAAAAAACAACAAAAAACCCCAACAAAAAAGGAGAUUCCCCCCUUUCCUGAAGAAAUGCACUUUAACUCCUCAGCCGCGUACGGCAGCGCCGGCGUUCGACACAGCGGCAGCGGCCCCUCGCCAGCCCGAGCCGGCCCCGCCGCAGCUCUACCUCCCGCUCCCGCCGCGGCACGGCACGUUCCGCGGCCGCCUGCCCCCGUGCCUCUGCAGUCGGCCAAGAACUCCCCUGGGCUCGGAGGAGGGUUCCAGCCCCGGCACACGGCAGGCAGCGGCCCUGGCGCGGCACUGAGCCGAGUCCAGCGAGCAGAGCCAGCGCGACGCCGGUGCUGGGGUUGGGGGCGUUUUUGUUUCCCUCGUGAUGUGGAGCCCCAGUCAGUUCAGUAUUUGAUUUUUUAAAGCCAAGUUUGCCUGUCCCACAUUGAUUCUGCUCUGGGCUGAGGCGCAGAGUACCCAUUUGUAAGAGUUGUGCUGUCACCUCCAACUGUUACCCUAUCAAUCAAACUUUCUCAGACAGGUGUCCUAACACAACUUACUUUCACAGUUAAAAGUUCCUGCUGUACUAAUUAUUCUCUCAGUUUUUUUCUUACUAAAUUAAUUUUGGUUGCAAUCCUUACUUCAAGACAAAAACCCAGUCAGUGCUCACAGUAGGCUGCAGGUGGUUGAAGCGGGAUCCCUCUGCAGGUAACUUGUGGAUAGCCGAGUGUUCCUCGAUGGUUUUACAAGCUGUUCCCAAGCUGACCCUCCACCACCGCUUCUCCUUCCCCCCUGCAGUGGGAGCUGGCAGGCAGAAGCCCUGUGGAGGGGCGCCCGGCCGUGCGGGGAGUGCCAGCGCUGCUGGAGCGGGGCAGGGGCAGCGGCGCUGGGGCAGGGGUGACAUCCUGCCGGGGAAGGGGGGACGGGGCCAUGGCCCUGAAAGCAGUUUAGCAACAAGCGCUCUCGUUGGACAGCUUUAAGAACAAUGUGAAUGAAAACUUAGCAACUUGGGUAGGAAUCUGAACAUUCUAUAAAUGUAUACUUGAAAUUCUGUUUGUAUUAAACGAAAACAUCGCAUUUUCCUCUUUCUUUUAACACUGUGUAAAAGAACAUUAUGCAUGUGAGUGGUUUGAGAAUUAAAUGGUUUAAUACUCACAUC